AUGCUGCUGCCUAUUGGGCAGCAGCUUUUAACGGAAAAACAACCCCAGCUGGGACUGGGAUACGUUCGACUCAUUACUGGUGCUCUAGUUGAGAAACUUCUCUUUAAAGGCUCGACUUCACACGGUGAUGGUAUCGCUACCGGCGUCCAGUUCGCCAAGGAUGGAGGGUCGCAGACUAUCAAGGCGCGCAAAGAAGUCAUUCUGUCCGCUGGUGCCUUCAACUCGCCCAAGAUACUCGAGCUCUCAGGUAUCGGCUCGCGGACUCUUUUAGAUAAGCACAAAAUCUCUGUUGUCGUUGAUAAUCCCAACGUCGGCGAGAACCUCCAAGACCACGUCUUGGCGGGUAUUAGCUUCGAAGUCCAAGACUUUAUCAACACCAAAGAUGAUCUCAUGCGUCGAGUUCCGGAGGUUGUGGACGCUGCAAUGAAUGAUUACAAGACGCAUCAAUUCGGGCCCUUUCCCGUUGGUGGCAACUAUUCCUCGGCUCUGCUUCCGGUUCCCGAUUUCUCCAGGCCUGAGACUGGUGCCUCCGAGCUCUCCGCUUUUCUUGAUACUAUGCUAAGUUCUGUUGAUCCCACCAAACCUUUCCAAGCCGAGCUCGCUGGAUUUGUGCGCUCUUUGCUCACCAACCCCGAAGCAGCCACCGGCGGCUACUUCACCUAUUGA